CGCCUGCGCAGAGGUGUGGGUCAGGGGGAGGGGCGAGUUAGGAGGGAGAGCCGAGUGCGCGCGUAAAUCCUAGAGAGGCGGGCUAAGCCGGGCUUGGGGGAGGGUUCGUCUUCCGGAAAGUCUGGAUUCCUGGACGAGCCGAAUUGCCGCUCACCGAACUCCCGCUCGAGAGAUGAUCGAAGAAAAUCAGCUACCAUUUGUACCCAUCGAAGAUCUCCAAAUGGAGGCCAGCGCUGAAUUUGGGUUGAGAUUAGGACUUGCAGGAGGCCAGUCCGGAAGACGGCAGAGGGAACCUUGGCGGGCGCACGCAUGCGUGGUAGGCCCCCCUCACGUGUGGCCGGGCCGUGGCCUCCCCGCGCUCGGAGGUCCCGCCCCCGGCCUCAGCAUCUUUCCGGACCAGGGGAACCGGUUGUAAAGAAGAAGAAAGUUCUACCCUUUCUGUCAAAAUGAAGUGUGAUUUUAAUUGUAACCAUGUUCAUUCUGGACUGAAACUGAUAAAACCUGAUGACAUUGGAAGACUAGUUUCCUACACUUCUGGAUAUUUGGAAGGUUCCUGUAAAGACUGUAUUAAUAAAGACUAUGAAAAACUGUCAUGCAUUGGGUCACCAGUUGUGAGCCCUAGGAUUGUAGAACUUGAAACUGAAAGCAAGCCCUUACAUAACAAGGAAAAUCAACAUGUACAACAAACACUUAAUAAUACAAAUGAAAUAGAAGCACUAGAGACCAGUAGACUUUAUGAAGACAGUGGCUAUUCCUCAUUUUCUCAAUUAAGUGGCCUCAAUGAACAUGAAGAAGGUAGCCUCCUGGAGGAAAAUUUCAGUGAUAGUCCACAAUCCUGCCUGCUACAGAUACAAAGCCCAGACCAAUAUCCCAACAAAAACUUGCUGCCAGUUCUUCAUUUUGAAAAAGUGGUUUGUUCGACAUUAAAAAAGAAUGCAAAACGAAAUCCUAAAGUAGAUCGGGAGAUGCUAAAGGAAAUUAUAGCCAAAGGGAAUUUUAGACUGCAGAAUAUAAUUGGCAGAAAAAUGGGCCUAGAAUGUGUAGAUAUUCUCAGUGAACUCUUUCUAAGAGGACUCAGACAUCUCUUAGCAACUAUUUUGGCACAACUCAGUGAUAUGGACUUAAUCAACGUGUCUAAAGUGAGCACAACUUGGAAGAAGAUCCUAGAAGAUGAUAAGGGGGCAUUCCAGUUGUACAGUAAAGCAAUACAGAGAGUUACCGAAGACAAUAAAUUUUCACCGCAUGCUUCAACCAGAGAAUAUGUUAUGUUCAGAACCCCACUGGCUUCUGUUCAGAAAUCAGCAGCCCAGACUUCUCUCAAAAAAGAUGCUCAAGCCAAGGUAUCCAGUCGAGGUGAUCAGAAAAGUUCUACUUACAGUCGACACAAUGAAUUCUCUGAGGUUGCCAAGACUUUGAAAAAGAACGAAAGCCUCAAAGCUUGUAUUCGCUGUAAUUCACCUGCAAAAUAUGAUUGCUAUUUACAAAGGGCAACCUGCAAACGAGAAGGCUGUGGAUUUGAUUAUUGUACAAGGUGUCUCUGUAAUUAUCAUACUACUAAAGACUGUUCUGAUGGCAAGUUCCUCAAAGCCAGUUGUAAAAUAGGUCCCCUGCCUGGUACAAAGAAAAGCAAAAAGAAUUUACGAAGAUUGUGAUUGAAUUAGUUGUUACUGAUCAUGAAUGUUAGUUAGAAAAUGUUAGCUUUUAACUUAAAAAAAAAAAAAAAUACUGUAUUGUGAUUUUCAAUUUUAUGUUGAAAUCAAUGUAGGAUCCUGAGGUUUUUUCCCCCAGAGUAUAAAGAGGAUAGACAACCUCUUGAAAUAUUUUACAAUUUAAUGAGAAAAAGUCUAAAAUUCUCAGUACAAAUUGAACAAUUUAAAUAUUUUAAGAAAAAAGGAAAAGUAGGUAGUUACAUGAUACUGAAGGUUUAAAAAAAUUGAUUCAAUUUUAUAGUAAAGGAAAGCUAUGCAAUUUUACCUAGACAAUCUUAAAUUUAAGUCUGGUUUUCCAUCUGUUAGCAUUUCUGACAUUUUAUAUUCGACUUACCCAAUUGAUACCAACGGAAAUAUCAACUCCUGGCGUCUGUUAAAUGUUUUGUCACCUUUCUAAAGCUUUUUUUCAGUGUGUGUAUUUCCCAAGAAAGUAUCCUUUGUCAAAACUUGCUUGUUUUCCUCAUUUCUGAAAUCUGUGUUUUAGUAUUUUUGUAUACAUGUAAAUAUUUCUGUAUUUUUAUAUGUCAAAGAAAAUGUCUCGUAUGUACAUAUAAAAAUAAAUUUUGCUCAAUAAAAUUCUUAAAGGCUUAAUGUA